GCAUGCCACCACUAUCCAAUAUAAAGAGUUCAAUUGAAAUUGGGAUGCUUCUUCGAGAUAGAUAUCACGAGUGGCCACUUAGCAAUUUGGAGCGUCCGAAAACAAGUUUUACUUCAGCCAUGACACUCGUGUUGCCGGCUACAUUUGGCUGUUGCCAUAGUCAUUUUUGGCAGGUGUCUAUGACCCUCUGUAGACCUCAAAAACCAUAUACAACAUGACUCCGACAGCACGCACUACCGGCACUACCGGCACUACCCAGUUCAACGACGCACGAACCCGUGCACCGAACCCCAAACCAUUUGGCACCUAUCUCAUGGGGGUGGGUGCUAUGACCCCCGGAGCACCGUUCACCAGGAUAGGUUGACCAAAGAAAAGGUCAUAUUCUGUUCAUUCGCCAGGUGGUCAACCAGGGUGUCUCGGUUUUGGCCCAGAUUGUGUGAUACCGCUUGCAUCCGCUCUCGCGUCUCCGGCAUGGACGGACGAUUGAGGUCAGCGUCAUUCUGCUGGGCGCUGCAUUGAUGUGGGUCCUGGAACCGCACGGCGCCUUUUCAUGGCCGCAAGCGAUCUACACCUCGGCAAGCUGCGUGUCCCAGAGCGGGCUGGCCGUCGUGGACUGGUCCAAGCAGUCGACGUCCACUUACGUCAUCAGCUUCUGCCUCAUCAUCCUCGGCUCCUCCUCACUGCUGCACAUGGUGCCAGUGGUUUUGAGGCAGAACUCCUUCCGGAUGCAAGCGCAGAUGUCUGCCUGGCAACGGCACAACAAGGCGAUGAGCGACGAUGGGAUUACCGUCACCAACUUUCGCCGCUUCAUGUCGGAUCCGGGAGUACCGGAGCUCUAUGUGCACCACCACAACCACGAUGGGCACUCUGAGUCUGCCCAGCGGUGGCAUAUGCCACAUCAAGCUUCAGCGGAGGAAGAAGCGAAAGACAAGGCUAAGAAGAAGAAAGGCUGCACCAGCCGUGCACUGGAGAGAUCGCAUCGUUUGGAAUACAAGGCCUUAGCGAAGGUCUUGAAGAUCAUGGCAGGCUACUGGCUGGGGACGCAUUUGCUGGGAGUGCUGAUCCUCUUCUGCUUCUUCCGCUGCAAAGGCCCUUUGCAGGAAAAGUUCCAGGAGGAAGGCUUGCGGCCCUUUCCACAUGCGCUGUACCUUACGGUGUCCUCGUUCCAAAACAAUGGCUUAGUCCUGACGCCCUCUUCCGUGAUGGACUAUGUUGAUAGCCCUCUCCUCUUGAGCACUGUGGGGAUGCUCAUUUUGCUGGGCAACACUGGUCUGCCGAUCAUGGUGCGCUGGAUUGCCACCAUCUGGCGACGAUGGAUGCCGCCUCAACCGGAGAACAAGCGGGUGUUGGACUUUUUGUUGGAGCAUCCAAGAAGAUGUUUCACGCACAUGUUCCCAGCCGUGCACACUUUGUGGCUCUUGUUGGUGGUCAUUGCCUUGAAUGUCCUGGGCACCAUUGUGACCCUCGUCCAGGACUGGCAUAGCCCGGCCUUCAAUCACCUCCAUGCGGGGGGGAAGAUGGGCAACGCCUUGUUUCAGACCGUCUCCACGCGCACGGCAGGGAUGAACUCGAUCAAUAUUGCCCAGCUCUCGCAGGGCACAACCUUCUUCAUGGCGGUGAUGAUGUACUUUUCCACCACACCGACGGUGGUCACCAUGCGCCUGUCGGCUGAUGCGCACGAGUUGGACAUCACAGGGCGCGUGGAGGGGGUCGAAGAGGCGGUUAUCACGGCAGAGAACUCCUUGAAGGGACAGGCCAGAAGAUACCUCACGCAGGACGCCACAUACCUCUUGGUGAUUUGCUUCCUCAUUUGCUGUCUUGAGAAGGAGAGUUUCGCCAGGGCCGCCAAGCACCCCUCGCCGGACAGCGACGGCAUCUACACGGACUUCGGCUUCUUUAAGGUGCUCUUUGAGAUCUUGUCCGCUUAUGGCACCUGUGGCCUAUCGCUGGGCUAUGAGAAUCAGACCUUCUCCUUCAGCGGUGUGUGGAGUGAUGCAUCCCAGAUGUUGCUGGUGGCCACUAUGAUACUGGGACGCCUACGGGGGCUACCCGACUCGAUCGACGCGUCGGUGCGGAUGGCCAUGCCCACGAGCGACGAUCAGGAGUGGGAUGGUUGGAGUCUCGGAAGAACCGGCGUGAGGUGAACCACAGGUUUUUUGGGGAGAAAGGCCCAACCCAAGUGGCCGAACGCGGCAACAUAGGGACGAACUCGGACCGCGAGAGGCGAGGUGGGGGAGGUGGGGGGCAGAUUUCCCGGAGGAAGUGAUCAAUCAGGUGAUUUCAGUGAUUUCCAUUGAUUUCCCUUUUACCGAUUCACGUGGACCACGAGAAACGCUGAUCAGGUGGUAGAUGAGAAGCGUCCAGGUCACACAGGUCGUUCGGUCUGAGUCUCGGUCAGACUCGGUCAGACUGGGUCAGACUCGUUCGUUCGUCUCCGGACCGUUCGAGGCCACGGGCGGGGCAGGCCGGUGCCGUGGCACCACAGCCUCCUUUCUUCCGCUGGUCUCGACAGGAGGAGGCCGACUUGGACCGGUGUUCCGGCUUCUUCGACCGGUCCCGGCUCCGCCGGCCAGAUCCGAACGGUCGUUGGAUGCCGGAGGGAACGAAGAGAAAACGGCGACCCGGCUCCGGUGGGAAGG